AUGUCAGAAAAAGAACAAGAAGCAAGUGAAUUUACUAUUCAAAUGUCCCCAUGCAUGGAGUUACCGAAGCCAUACAAGGUCCAUGCAUCUGAAGUUGACUAUAAAAACGGUGCACAAAAAUAUAGAAAACAGCUUAAACGUGCUAAAAACAUUACUGAUAUAGGACGACAAGUGAUGGAAUCGGGACCCUUUUAAGCAAAGUUGAUACGACUAGUGCUAGAAAUCUUGAACAUUUAAAUGAAUUACAUAAUACAUACAUUGAACAUAAAC